AUGCAGCGGUUCGUGAUCGCUCUCCUCGGCGCCAGCGCUGCCCUAGCUGCCCCUACGGCUUCCAUCAAGCGCGCGACUGUCUCCGGUUCAGCUGAGGGAUUUGCUGCUGGUGUAACCGGUGGAGGAGAUGCCACUGCCGUGACACCAACUUCUACGGAUGAGUUGGUCUCCUACCUUGGCGACAGCGAGCCCCGCGUUAUCAUCCUCAACCAGGAGUUCGACUUCACGGAUAGCGAAGGCACCACAACAUCCGCCGGCUGCUCGCCAUGGGGCACUGGCUCACAGUGCCAGAUUGCCAUCAACCAGAACGACUGGUGCACCAACUAUGAGCCUGAUGCACCCACAGUGAGCAGCAUCACCUACAACAAGGCUGGUGUUGAGGGCAUCACCGUUGCAUCUGACAAAACCAUCAUUGGAGAGGGCAGCAAGGGUGUCAUAAAGGGCAAGGGUCUGCGAAUGGCCAAUGGUGUCAGCAACAUUAUCAUCCAGAACAUUCACGUCACCGAGAUCAACCCCGAAUACGUCUGGGGAGGUGACGGUAUUACCAUCGAUGGUGCCGACAUGAUCUGGAUCGAUCACGUCAAGACCUCGCUCAUUGGCCGCCAGCACAUUGUUCUGGGAACUGAAUCCUCAGGAAAGGUCACCAUCUCGAACAGUGAGAUUGACGGCACGACUUCUUGGUCGGCUCAGUGUAAUGCUUACCACUACUGGUCGGUACUUUUCCUCGGAUCCGAUGACCAAGUGACCUUCAAGGGCAACUACAUCCACAACACUUCUGGUCGUGGCCCUAAGGUUGGUGGAAAGACUGUCCUCCACGCCGUCAACAACUACUGGGGCAACAUCGAUCCCACCGGUCACGCCUUUGAAAUUGACUCCGGUGCCUACAUUCUGGCUGAGGGCAACACAUUUGACAGCGUCAAAACUCCGGUGUCUACCCUUGAGGGCAAGCUCUACACAGGCACCGACUGUUCCAGCGCUCUCGGACGUGCUUGUGUUGAGAACACCUUGACUGGCUCUGGGGACUUCAGCGGUACUGCCUCUGACGUCUUGAGCUCGUUCAGCAGCAAGGCAGCAGCUGCUGACAAGGACGCAUCGGGUGUUCCCAGCAGCGCCGGCAUUGGCAAGAUCUAA